AUGGAAGCUUUCGAACUUCUUCGGGAGAUCAUUAAACAUCAGUUUGACAAUUGUGCCUCAUCGGAAGCCGCUCUCGCAACUUUAGGCAGCCCAUCCACAUCAAUCGGAAUUCUAGAUGAUGCAGAAAUAUCUUCACACUGUAUUGCAACGGAAGGUCACAAUCAAGACACCUUGUUCCAGGCUUGCAGCAUAUCAAAGCCGGUAGCUUGUGUCUCGGCCGCAAUCCUAGUCCAGCAGGGAAAGCUCAGCUUCGAUGACAAAAUCGCCGCACUUCUUCCUAUAUCGGUUAUGGAAGUACUGGAAACACCGUCAACCAAGCAUCUUUUGGGAGAGAUUACAAUCAGAAUGCUUAUGAGUCACACCUCCGGACUGUCCCAGCAUGCGUUCCCGGGCUACACUAGCAAUAUACCAUCGCCUCUGGAUGUACUCGCCGGUAAAGGUGGGAUCAACACCAAACACGUGCAUCUAGAGGGUCUGCCAGGACAUCGAUUCUCAUACUCAGGCGGUGGUAUGACAGUCCUGCAACUGAUUCUUGAGCACAUCACAAAUCAAGCUUUCCCAGACCUCGUCAGGGAACUGGUUCUCGAUCCUCUAAGCAUGCACAGAUCCUUUUACGCUAUUCCCCAGGAGGAAAAUUAUGCUAUCGCGCAGUACACGGGCUUUACGGCCUGCGAGGUUCCCUAUCGGGCAAACCCGGAACAAGCAGCGGCUGGACUGUGGACUACUCCUACAGACCUUCUGAAACUCGUCCGUGCUUUGCAGAGAUCACUGAGGGUCAACGAUCAUACUGGAUUGCUUCACAAAGAGGUUGCACAAGAAAUGCUGACGGAGAUCUCUGGAACGAUGGCAAUGGGAUGGUUUGCUCCUCGGGAACCUGGGAUUGCUUUUGGUCAUGGAGGAUCCAACGAGCCGGGAUGGCGGUGUUUUCUUGUUGGCUAUGCAAACCUAGACUUUGGCGCUGCAAAAGAUUGGAAUGCAGUUGUGCCGAUUCUCGAUACGGACUGCGGCAUUGCUGUUAUGACGAAUUCCGCGGCUGGGAUAGACAUUUGUUUUAAGGUAGUGAAUGCAAUUGCGUACAUCAAAGGAUGGAGCUCGAUCCCAUACUGGUACGGGAAUCCCGUGGUCACGAUACCGUUCGCACUGAAAAGCCACGAGAUCGAUGACAGGUGGGUGAGAUGGAUAGGGAUAUGGUCUAACGGCUGGGAGAUUGAGGAGGGUGCAGAAAGCCAAGCUAUGGCGAGGUUUCGGAACUUGUCUGCCAUUAAGCUCAUAGCUGCUGCGAUGCCGGCAAUGAAGCACCCAAAGAUGGAAUUGAAUAUGGUACUGGAGGGAUUGGCAAUGAUGAUGAGUUUUCAAGAACAAGAGGGGGAGCUCUUGGUUGUGUUGUGGGAUGGUGGUAGUGAAACAAAAAGCACUCUCCGCCGCGUCAAGUAG